CUCGCCCAGGCGAGGUAUGACGCCGUCCGACAGCCUUGCAUCAUUCGACACGCCCCCCAUGCCCUCUGCGCCCUCGCCAUACCUCCCCGAGCACGAUGGUUCGCGGGACGAGCUCAUGGCUGUGCUCGAGGCCAUGCGGGCCAGCCAGCCGGCCGAUUUGCAGACCAAGCUGCAUCUCGGCUCGCAGAUCCACAGGCUGCUCAUUGAGAGCCGCUAUGCAAAGGAUGACUUUCGCGAGGCGGGCGGCUUUCUCGUCGUGGUGCAGAUGCUCUCUUCGCUUGAACAGACCACGGCCCAGUCCACCGCCGACGAAGACAACAUUACAGAUGACGAAGGAACGACGAUCCACGAGAGGUUGCGCAUUGAAAUCUUCAAGCUGGCCCUCGCAAUCCUGGCCGAGUCGCUGGGCGCUGGCGCGAGCCCACAUGCUGCCAACCGAGCUGCAUUUGACUCCCUCGUCGGCUGGGAUCAAUUUGGCGCCGUGCUCCGCCUGUCAACACUUAUGGACACGUCGAGGGACCACUUUUUCUCAGCCCUGCUCGGCCUCGCCCUCGCCGACGUCUCUUCGAACCUCGGAAGGCUCCGUGCGGUUCGUCUCGACCUUGACAGGCGGCAGCAACAAACAAAGAAAGAGGGCGAAGAGAGGGAGGAAGAGCCAGAGGAUGAGGAUGAGGCCGCAUACAUGGCCAAACGAGUCACCGAGCAGUGGCCCGGCGGUUACCUGGAGCACGCAGGGGUGUUGCGACCAACGCUGUUGCUCGCCAACGAGAUCCGUUCGACCGACGACCGCAUCUGCCUCGCUGUUCAUUUAGUCACCGAGAGGCUGGCCACGAUGUCGAGAGCCAACCAGGUGGCCCUUGCCGAAGCCAAGAUUGGCUCUCUCCUCUUCCAACUCUAUGCGAAGAGCAGAGAAGAAGCCAAAGAAGAAGAGGACGUCGUCUGCAAGUGCCAACUACGCAUAGUGCAGCGCAUCUGCCAGCUCGGCAUCCCAGCACAGGACUGCAGAUCAAUGCUGCGUCGGCUUUGCGAUGGAGAGAAGAGUCCUCUGAUGGACAUGCUCUUGAGCGUUGCGAGACCCUCGGCAGCGCCCAACACGGCAACUUUCGACAUGGGUCGCUUCGGUCACUCGUCCCUCGCCGUCUCGUCCUUGCGAAGGCCAUUUCCACCCGCUUCGUCGUCCAAGGGUUUUUCCUUCUUUGCGCCCAUCCUCAUCGAUCGGAUCGAGCCGUCGCUACCGUUGGACCUCCUUCACCUCUUUGAUGCGCAGAGAGCCUGCUCUGUCAAGAUCCAGGUGGAACCAGGGACAGGCCAAGUGACCUAUACACCGAGAGAAUACAAGCCAUGCGUUCGCUUUAACGCUUCUCGAAUCGUUACUGGCCGUCUCCACCACCUCUGCCUUGUCCACGCCAGACCUACCGGUGGGCAGAAGACGUCGAUGGCACAGCUUUUCAUUGACGGAUCGUUUGUCGAAGAGCACCUCGCCCCUUGGCCCUCGACGCCGCCAGUUGGUGCUCCCGUGAGGGCAGUCUUUGGAACACCGCCAAACGUCACUGACGGAAGAAGACCGCAGCAUCUGCAGCAGCCACACAACAAUCGGCUUGUCUGGUCGCUGGGUCCAGCUUACCUCCUCGACGAUGUCCUACCUCCCGAGAUGCCUCUCGUUCUGUCUGAGCUCUCCUUCAGCGGCUACCACGGCAACUUGCAAGACAGCUUGGGUCGCUUCCUCACUUAUCCCAUCAGUACGCGUAUCAAUCUGCGCCUCGAUACCUUGGCGAGGGUGCAUGGCAUUACCGACAAGGAGCUGGCCAGUCAUCCUCUGGUGACCGCAAUUGCUGGCUCAGCCAGGACGCUGUUUGCAGAGGACAAGUUCUACUUUGUCCUCAAUGUCGCCAACAGCUGGAGCAUGGACCGCAUCGCACGUCGGGCGGUGGCGAAGGCGGCAGCGGCGACGAGCAACGACGGCUCGCACCGGCCGGGGUCGGAGCUCAUCCUCAAUCAGGCAGUUACGCUGACCCGAGACGCAGUAGAGGCUUCGUACGGCUAUGCCAAGCUCUUUGGCGCCCCGACACUGGGCAUCCCUCACUCGUUGGCCGACACGGUCUGGGAGCUUGGCGGAUGUGCUGUUCUCUUGAAGCUCGUCGAGGCGGCCGAAGAUACCGAGAGCCUCGAUAAGGCAGUCAGACUUCUCUUUACGCUCGUUCAGGGCUCUUGGCGAUCUUCAGAGGACGUUGAACGGGCAAGAGGAUACGAGGUGCUCGACUACCUCCUUCAUCAGAAGCGGCACCUCAUCGACGAACGGACAUUGGCGACGUUUCUCGAGGCUGUCGGCAUUGAUGCCGGUCGCGAGGCGACUGCGGCCCUGACCAAUCCCUUCCUGUACCGGAUCAUCCUGCUGGACUUUUCCAUCUGGACGGCGACGCCUCCGAGUGUGCAGCAGGCCCAUCUCGACCACUUCGCCGUCCUGCUUCGCACGUCAAAGCACCGACGGUUCAACGCCAAACGUGUGGCCAAGAUGCAGAUCGCACGCAAGCUCCUCUAUGCGCUUCGAUCAGGCAACUACUCUCGCGAGAUUGUACCGCACGUCGUGGCAGCCCUCAGGACCUCGUUGACUUCGUCAUUCAAUGACAUGGCCAUCCGUAACGUGUCGACAUACCUCGCCUCGAUGCUGUGUCGAGAGAGCGACCAAGCGCGAGAUGUGCGCGAACCGCCACGGAGGCAGCGGACGAUCGCCGACGACGCCGAACUCCUACAAAGUCUGACCCCAGCAGAACCCAAGUCUCCACAGAUUGGGGGACCCGAUGCACAAGUGCAGGUAGAGACAGCCCUCGAAGUUUUUGAGAUGCUGGCCGACCUGGUUCUCGAGAAGCCAGCCUUCCUGCUCAAGCUAGGCUCCGCCGUCAACAUCAAGUGGCUGCUUGUCUUCUUUGGCCCCACGGCUGAGAAGAAGGCUGCGAUUCUCUCGCUCGAAAUCAUGGCCGCUCUCCUCCUCUCUGAUGCUCGCUAUGCCGAUCGACUGGCCAGGUCUGGUGGCGUCAAAGUCGCCGAAAGAUUGCUGCCGCGCUUUUGGGCCUCACCAUCCGUUUUUGCGAGGUGCUGGGCGUCGCUUUUGGGGCAGCAAAGGCAGCAAAACACUUCGAUCUUGGCCAACUUUACGCCCUCUCCCGAGAGCAAGAUCGUGUGUCCCACCAUGAUGCGCCUCAUUGCAGCCUGCCUCAUCGAGGCGCUCAAGGAGAUCCAAGCACGCGAUCUCAAAACCGCUGGUGGCAAGCUCAAGCCAAGACCGAGCGAUUCGCUGGGUGUGCCACAGCCAUCGCAGCGGCGUCACGGUCGCAAGAGAUCGCAGUCGAUGAACGUCGAUGCAAAGGAGCUCGCCCAGACUUUCCAGGCCAACAGCGAAUUGACUUUGGUAAAGGAAACGAUUGAGCUGAUUGAGGACCAUGCCAACUCCUCGCUGCAGUUCAGGGAGCUCCUCUUUUCGCCCACGGUGCUGAGAUCUCUCAUUGCGGCCAUUACGCCGUUCGUCUCGAGGCCCGAGAAAGGAAAGGACGGCAGCACGGAUGGAGGGAUCGUUCAGGAGCUCUGCGACAAGCUCUUGACCGUCCUGUCGCGGUCGACCGUCGAGUCAAUGAUUUCGUCUGGCUCUACAAGGGCCGUGAGCGCACUGCUUGACUCAGUCCCGCCUUACACCGACUUGUCAACUUCAACAACCUUUCGGUCCGCACUGUACGACAAGGUCGCGCGAUCCAUCAUGGCUCGCUUGCAACACCAGGAGACAGCGGCCCAGGUCUUGCAGGACGGACUGGCGUGCGGCGCACUGGCCGACUUUCUGGAGCAGUGCUCUGGUGAUGAGCAGAACACAACGACGCUCAACCUCACGGCCGUGCUCCUCGAGGCGCUCUACCCGCUCCGCGAACACUUGCCCAAUGUCGUCCAUUCGCUGCUCACGACAUUGGAUCGCAUCAUCCUCUUCCAGCUGACAGAGCCGUCAGCCAGGCCGAUCCUCUUUGAGCACAUCUGCGCGCAUCACGCCAUCGUCUUUCUCGACGAAAAUCGAGACCUGGCAUUCUUCAGAUGCUUGCUCUACAAUCUCUUAGACGAGAUCCAUCGAGGCGGAUUGGCAAGCAGGGAGACGGUCUUGCAGACACUGAAGCUCAUGGCACAGACAAAGGCCGAGAUGAUUGAGGCUAUAAUCGUGCCGGACAAGAAGCUAGACGAUCUCUUUGAAAGCAAAGCCGACGACCUGCCGGGAUUGUUGAUGGGCAGCGGUGAGAAUGAGGCGACGCCAUUCGAGGCGGAAUGGCAGGGCUUUACAAAGUCGACCGACAACCUCAAAGCGGCCAUCCAUCUCGAUCGGCUCUCGCAGAUCAAGCAGCUCUUGGACAGAAGUGACGAGAGACAGCGGGCCCUCUCGACGACGGAAAGCCGAAUGAAGGCCUGGCAGGCGAGCGUCAGAGCGAGCGACGAGACGAAGUUUGUCAAGUUUCACCUGGACGCAAAGGAGCUGGCGAGCUUUGCGGCAGGCGAGUGGGACAAGCUCAAGCGGGAGCUCGACCGUGAGAAGGCCCUCCUGGGUCUCGAAGAGGACGUCGAUAGGGUAUUUGAGCUCGACUACUCGACGGAAGGACCGAUGAGGAUGAGAGCGAAGCUCAGAGAGGCAACCAUGGGAGAGGGGAAGGAGAAAGAGAAGCUCAUGAGGAUGCCAGACACUCCGGACCCGAACCAAAGUGCCCAUGGUGACGAGUGGGGGAGUGGCGAAGGCGUCAUGGUCGAUGAGGCUUCGCCGAUCGAUGCCCGUGCUGCAUCGGCAAGCCCUACAGACGACCGGAGCGGCUCAAGAGCAGACUUCGAGCCGCCUUCUGCCUCGUCGUUGACUUCUUUCCAAGUCGAUUCGCACGACGACAAGUUUCGUCGAGUGCUGCGCAGCCUUGAGAAAGGCGACGUGAUCGAGGGUGUCGAAAACAGCCUCAGGGUCGUCUUCAUCGACUGUCGAGCCUCGCUGCUCGUCUUUGGGAAGAAGUGUCUGUAUAUCAUCGAUGACUACUUUCAAAGGCCCGAUGGUGAGCUGUGUAAUCUCUGGGAGGCACCAGAAGAGGAAAGAGACACAGUUGUCAUGAGCACCCUGAGUGGGGAUCCAAGGGCUCCCAGCAGUCUCGUUGCUCAGCUCGAGGGCGGUGCGCAACAGACAAGAAAAUGGCAAUGGUCACAGCUGAAACUUGUGACCCUCAAGACUUUCCUUCAUCGAAAGACGGCUCUCGAAAUCUUCUUCAAAGACGGUCAGAGCUGCCUGCUGGUCUUAGCAACAACGACGAUCGCCAAUCGAGUCUUCAACGAUCUCGCCGCACGUAAUAAGACAGCGGUACAGUCCUUUGAUGCACUCCGAGAUGGUCUGCGAGAAGCACCUGCCUCCUCGUCUGGUCAAGGCAGCACCGGCUUCUCUCGAUUUGCCGGCGCGGUCCUAGGAAGGGGAAUCGGAUCCAUCACGCAAAAGUGGCAAGAAGGCAAGAUUUGCAACUUUGACUACCUCAUGAUGCUCAACACCGCCGCCGGCCGGACGUAUCUUGAUGUGACGCAGUAUCCCGUCAUGCCAUGGGUCCUUCGCGAUUAUUCAAGCGAGACACUCGAUCUGGAUGACCCGAAUUCAUUCCGCGACCUGUCCCUGCCAAUGGGAGCGCAAUCGCCAGCCAGGAGGCGGCAGUUUGAGGAGCGCUUUGCUCAGCUGGAGGAGCUCCAGUCGAUGGACCCGGAGGCCAACAAGCCAUUCCACUACGGCACGCACUACAGCACGGCGGCAACGGUGAGCGGCUACCUGAUUCGGAUGCGACCCUUCGACAAGGUGCUCAAGGCGCUUCAGGGAGGCACCUUUGACCUGGCCGAUCGAACAUUCAGCUCAAUAGGACAAGCAUACUCUUCGGCUUCGGAGGGCUCACUCGGAGACGUCAGGGAGCUGAUUCCAGAAGCCUACUACCUUCCUGAAUUUCUCACCAACUCGAACAAAUUCGAAUUUGGCAAGACCCAGAGCGGUGUGGUUGUCGACGACGUCGUGCUGCCUCCGUGGGCCAAAGGGGAUGCUCGUCUCUUCAUCAAGCUGCACCGACAAGCUCUUGAGAGCGAUUAUGUCUCGGCUCACCUGCACGAAUGGAUCGACCUCAUCUUUGGGCACCGACAGCGCGGUCCAGAAGCGAUCAAGGCAACCAAUUGCUUUCACGAGCUGUCAUAUGAUGAUGCGCUCGACCUGCAGGGGAUCGACUCGGCCGUCGAGAGGCAGGCCGUGCUCAAGACGAUCCACAUGUUUGGUGUAUGCCCGAAGCGACUCUUCAUGAACCCACAUCCAGCCCGCAAUGUCGGCCAGCAAGCGCAAAACCACUUCCACCAGCAUUCGACCUCUCUGAGCGAGAGACCUUGGAUGUUCCUGCAGGGGAUCGUCCAGAUCCGUUCCCUCAAGGGACUAGCGGUGCAUCACGUCUACUUUUCCGACUCGGAAGCGCAUCCGCAAAGGUCCUUUGCUUCGCCGCGCGACUAUCUCAUCCUGCCCAAGCUUGGUCUUUCGCUCUCUGUUGGACACCUGGACGGAAGUAUUCGUGUGUUUGGCAAGGACCCGAACAAGGCCGCGACCGUGACGGAGCAGGUGAUGCCGGGCCGUGUCUCGUGCCUCGCCCAAGCGGACGAUGAGGGCAGGGUCCUCGUCGGAAGCCUCGAUGGGCUCGUUACGGCUUGGCAGCUCGAUCCGGCCCAGCGAAGCCUGACCUUCUUGCACGCCUCGCGCGGACACCAUGGCAAGGUACUCUGCCUCGCUUAUUCGCAUGCUUGGAGCAUGGCCUUGUCUGGAAGUGCAGAUGGGACGGCCAUCCUGUGGGACAAUGGGGGCAACUACGUCGCGAGUCUCCCCCACGAUGGGCAGCCCGUGCAACACGUCGCUAUCGCAGAAGACUCCGGUAUGGUGGCGACUGCCUCGGGGAACGUGCUAAAGGUCUGGUCCAUCAACGGACAUCCCAUUUCGCAAUCGUCUUCUUCUGGAGGCGGAAGUGCGAGCAGCCAUUCGCUAGGACCGAUCACGGCCCUGUCGUUUUACCGGCCGAAGCGAGGAAAAGAGACUCUGAAUGGUGCAAGGCUCUGCAUGCUGCUGACGGGCCACCAGCGAGGCCAAGUCGCACUCUGGCGUUGCUGGCCCAACAGCAAAGCACCAGUGUCUGCAAAGAGGCUCAGUGUCAGCUUCGAAGAGCAGAGAAAGGACGAGGCGAGCGGCGAAAUUCAGUGGGCCCUCGAGAGGGUUCACGUGUUCCAGGUCGUCGAUCGGUUUGGCCGGGCGUCUGCCAUGGAUGAUGAUGAGCAAUCGACCCAGCAAGGGAGACAGACGGACAAAGACGAUUUGGGCAUGUCGAGAGACGGAGAGCAAGCGAUUACGACGAUCAGCAGCAGUGUGAGCGCGAUUCACGCCACAAACGAGGCGUUGCUCGUAGGCGAUGAGUCGGGUCGACUUGUGCUCUUUUCGCCCUUUACCCCCGCCUCGAGCAACGCGCCGGACUACUCCGUUGCCAUUUCGGCUGCGUUCGGCUCGCAACAGGGUGGGACGGGUGCAAAUAGCCAUCACGCAGGAGGAGGUGGGGCAAACAAUUGCCUCAAUUGCUGGAGAAAGAUGGGCGUCUUUGAGAAGAAGGCGACCUGCCAAGGAUGCGGGGGCACAUUCUGCUCAACAUGCUGUGGGAGGUACGUGAGAGAGGGAGGCGAAAUGGUGGCAGCUAGAAUGUGUGGAUUCUGCAAGACUGUGGUUGGAGAGGGACUACUCAAGGAAGAAGAGGAAGCCAGGGGGAAAGGCGAUGCGUCAGGGUCUCAUUAGCAUCAUCAAUUGUAUCUAUCAAUCCUCAACUUCACUCAAUUAGAGCAAUCAGCAACCAAUAACG